AUGUGGGAAACAAUCGAGAAUUAUAUUGCAUCAUGGUCUCAAUGUGCAAAAUUCAACAUCGUACGUGGAAGACCAUACGGCCGCCUCAAAUCGUACGAGCCACCCAAUGACGUUUUUCAAGUUGUGCACAUGGAUCUUUGGGGACCCGUGCGUCUAUAUGCAACUGGCAACCGAUAUGUAGUAGUAUUAACAGACAGUCUUUCAAAAUAUGUUAUUGCAAAAGCUCUGCCAACUAACUCCGCAUAUGACACUGCUAGUUUUCUUCUAAAACACUUUAUUUUAGCCCAUGGUGCUCCUCUGCAACUAAUAACCGAUCAGGGUGUCCAUUUCAAUAAUAAAUUAAUGUUGAACCUCAUGCAGUUAACAGGAAUCAAGCAUGAUUUUUCGACCACGUAUCAUCGAGAAAGUGACGGGCAGGUAGAGAGGUUUAAUGCUACCUUUUGUACACAAUUGGCGAAAUACUACGAUGAGAAUAAGAACGACUGGGAUAUGUAUCUUCAGCCAACUAUAUAUGCCUACAACACUAGCGUUCAUGCUACUACAGGAUUUGCUCCAUAA